CUUCCUUUUAGCGCCAUUCAAGAACCCGAGCGAAACCCUAGGUUCGGGCUGGAUCAAGAAACGCAUUUAAGGAGAAAGAGCGAAAAAACCCCUUCCAAGAGGCAAGCGAAAUGGUCGGAUCAGUUCUUCCAGUCACGCACACCGAAUAAAUUGCCGGCGAGCAAGGUCAGGUUUGGAUGGGUUCCGAUUGUCGAACAGGCCGGAUUGGCUUCUCCGGAGCGAAGGGAGUAUUCGCUCCAUCAGGGACAAUUCCAGUUGCCGCCCCCACCACCUCUUAUGGCAAACCAUGCGCUGCGCUUCGGGAAUGGUUACAGUGCUGCUACUCCUCGCUCUAUAGCAACGGGUGGGAGAGCCUCAUCGGUUCAUUCUGGUACAAACUCGACGCAAAGCACGCCCACUAAGAGCGUUUCUAAGCCCAUGAUCAAUGUGGUUAGCAACUCUCGUGCUCCACAGUGUUGUAGAACUGUCAAGGCUAUGAAUUUUUUGGUAUCAUCUAAAGGGAUAACAUUGUCAUCUGCACCUCCACCAGUUCAUGCAUCAGUUGAAGUGCCACAUUUUGAGCUCAAGGAGGAUCCCUCCUUCUGGAUGGAUCACAAUGUACAGGUAGUGAUUCGGGUUCGUCCUAUCAACAUCGUAGAGAGAAGUCAACAAGGUUACAGUAGAUGCAUAAAGCAGGAAAGUGCACAAAGCAUCACAUGGAUUGGACAACCAGAGACUCGAUUUAUGUUUGAUUAUAUAGCUUGUGAAACUGUCAAUCAGGAAAUGCUAUUUCGAGUGGCUGGACUUCCAAUGGUUGAAAAUUGCAUGUCUGGAUAUAACAGCUGUGUGUUUGCUUAUGGACAGACUGGAAGUGGGAAGACACAUACAAUGCUUGGAGAGAUUAAUGAUCUGGAAAUCAGACCGAGUACAAACCGAGGAAUGAUACCAAGAAUUUUUGAAUUCUUGUUUGCACGGAUUAAAGCGGAGGAAGAGAGCAGGAGGGUUGAUAAACUAAAAUACACUUGCAAGUGUUCAUUUUUGGAGAUUUAUAAUGAACAAAUUUUUGAUCUUCUCAACCCAACCUCCACUAACUUGCUUAUUCGAGAAGAUCCGCGGAAGGGAGUUCAUGUUGAAAACCUUUCUGAAUUUGAAGUUGAAAAUGUUUAUGACACUUUGCAACUUCUUAUUCAGGGUGCUACAAAUAGGAAAGUAGCAGCAACAAUGAUGAAUCGUGAAAGCAGUCGUUCUCAUAGUGUAUUCACUUGCACCAUUGAGAGCAGGUGGCAAAAAGAUUCAACAAGUACAUUGCGUUUUGCAAGGUUGAACCUCGUAGAUCUUGCAGGAUCUGAAAGGCAAAAAACAUCUGGUGCUGAAGGGGAUCGCUUAAAGGAGGCUUCAAACAUUAAUAAAUCCUUAUCAACACUUGGGCAUGUAAUAAUGGUUUUAGCUGAUUUAGCAAAUGGAUGGCAAAGACAUGUUCCUUACAGAGAUUCGAGACUGACAUUUCUUCUUCAAGAUUCUCUUGGUGGAAAUUCAAAAACAAUGAUCAUUGCAAAUGUCAGUCCUUCUAUAUGCUCAACAAAUGAAACAUUGAGCACUCUUAAAUUUGCCCAGCGUGCAAAAGUUAUUCAGAACAAUGCUGUUGUGAAUGAAAAUGCUUCGGGUGAUGUCUUCGCCUUACAACAUCAAAUACAUUUGCUAAAGGAGGAGUUGUCCAUGCUCAAGCAGCAAAACAUCUCGAGAUCAUUAUCUUUUCGUACGACAACUCUUGAAAAUGCUGAUUAUGAUGCUUAUUCUCCUAAAAAAUUGACUGGAAUUCUAUCCGAGUUUAACCAGAUCUCCGAUAGUGAAGAAUUGCAGGAUGUUAGAGUUUUAAAUAAACAGUUGAAAUCAUUUGAAGCAUUGUUAGUUGGCGCAUUUCGAAGAGAAAAAAUAGCCGCCAUUGCCAUUAGGCAACUUGAAGCAGAAAUUGAGCAGCUCAACCGCCUGGUUCGUCAAAGAGAAGAAGACUCUCAAUGUUCGAAAAUGAUGAUCAAAUUUCGAGAAGAUAAAAUUUAUAGGAUGGAAGCACUUUUGAAUGGACUGAUUCCAUCAGAAUCCUAUCUACGUGAGGAGAAUAAUGCUUUAUCUGAAGAAAUAAAAUUGCUUCGAACAAAGAUUGAUAGAAAUCCUGAAGUAACUCGUUUUGCCUCGGAAAAUAUAAGACUCUUAGAAGAACUGAGGAAGUUUCAGGAUUUCUAUGACGAAGGAGAAAGAGGCCUUUUAUUAACUGAAUUAUCUGAGUUGCGAAAUCAGUUUGCACAAUUCCUUGAUGGGAAACUAAAGUCUGACAUCAAUGCUCAGGAUCUUUGUUUGGCUUCUCCCGAAAAAGUGUCUUGUUCAUGUAGCACAAAGCAUGCUGAAGAAGUUUCGAAUCUGGAACAAGAGCUAGACAUACUAAAGACGAUUAUUGCAGUAGAGAAAUCAUCUCGCGUUGAGGCAGAAAAAAGAGCAUUUCUUUCAGAAACUGAGCUAAGCAUAACAAAUGAUAAGCUUCUGCAGAUAAAUAAGAGAUAUGAUGCAACAACAGACAAAUUGAAGGACACAAGGUCUGUCAUUGAAGCCCUUGAAUCCCAACAAAUGCUUUCGAUUAAUGAACUUGAGGAACUGAGAGAGAAUAACAUUCGAUUUGCGGAUACUGUGAAGAUACAGGAGCAACAGAUCUCCACAAUUAAGAAACAGCUUGCUUUGCGCAUUGAUGUUGGAAACAGAAAAUCUAUUAUUGCUCAUGAAAUAUUGAGAGAAGAUUACUCUGAAAGUGAGUGUUCUUCUCCUUUUCAGGAUAAACUGAAAAGAGUGCAAGCUUCUCUAGAAAAAGCUUGGAACCUGAACAUGAGGUGUCAAAGUGACCAGGCAUCUCACUCAUCCAGUGAAAGAGAAAUGGAUGAAGUUCGUAGGCAAGUUGAAGCUGAAACUGCUGAAGUUAUUGUCUACCUGCAAGAGGAGCUCACCACAGUUAAUAAAAUAGUUGAUGAAUGCAACAAAAAUGAACUGGUGGCCAAACAACGCUUAAUGGAUCUUGAAAAGGAGAAAAAGGAGCAAGAUGAUAAACUCUAUUUGUUAACUCUAGAAAAUAUAAGGCUUUCCAAAUUAACUGAAGAGAAAGAACAAAAUACGAGUUCAAUCAUGGAACAUUGGGUGCAACUAGCCAUUGAAAUUUCAGAUCUUCUUGAGAACGGAAAGACACAACUCGAUAAUGCCACUCAUGAGGUAGCUUCUAUUUCUGAUAUUUUCUCAAAGAAAAGUUGGAUCACUGAGCAAUUUGGAAAAAUCAUUAUGGGAAUCUCUAAAAGAGAUUCUUUAAUUGAAGAACUACAGAAGAAUUUGGAAGAUGUUUGUUAUGUAAGGCAUGAUAUGGAGUCAAAAUUGAUGACCUUGAGAGGAGCAAUACUGGCUAUUACUGAAGCACAACAGCAAGAAAAUUCUGACAAAGAAAGCAGAAUUCUCCAUUUAACUUCACUAUUGGUCGAGAAAACAUCUAUCAUAUCUGAAUUAGAAGACAAAGUUGAGGAUGCUGUAAGAAAAGUUAGGAAAGCUGAGAUAUGCGCUGCAAUUUUUUUCAUUAUUGGGAAGAAAUUAUAUGAGAUAAAUAAGAUUCAUCUUCAAGCAUUGGAUGAGGCCAACUUGCAGCUUAGAGAAUCUGAAAGUACUAUUCCGCAAAAAGAUGACAUCAUACAAGGGCAUGCUUCUUUACUCUCCAUUGAAGGCAAAGGAUGUCAAGAUCAAAGAGCACAGGUAGAGCACAAUUAUCAACAAGCCAAUUCUCUAGAACACUGGAAAGACGGUUGUUUAGAUACCAGUUCGAAGAACGAGGAGGGAAAGAUCACUACUCUAGAUUCUUCUUGUGGUCUUGUAGAAGCAAAGAUGAAGCUUCGAGAAUUUCAAAUGCAAAUGAGUACACUGAAAUCUUGUAUGCAUGAGUAUGCUGAUAACCAGCUUGUCCAGUGCAAAUCAAUAAUAUCAGAACUGAACUUGCAUGCAGAGGCACAAGCAAGUGAAUAUAACCGGAAGUUUAAAGAGCUGGAGGGGAUGGCUUUCCAACUCAAAACUGAGCUCGCAACCCUCGUAAUCUCCAACACUGCAAAUCCAACAUUAACGAAAUCUGAAAAAGGCGCAGCAAAAAGUAGAGGCUCUGGUUCUCCUUUUAAAUGUAUAGUGGGACUAGCACAGCAAAUCAACACCGAGAAGGAUGAAGAGUUGACUGUGGCAAGAUGCAAGAUUGAAGAACUCGAAGCUUUAGCUGCAAGCCGACAAAACCAGAUUUUUAUGUUGAAUAUUCGCUUAGCAGCAGCUGAGAGCAUGACCCAUGAUGUUCUUCGAGAUUUACUGGGAAUCAAGUUGGAUAUGACAAAAUACUCAAAGAUGAAUGGAGGAUCUCAUUCAGAUGAUUCAAUGAAAGAAAAGGAUAAGGAGUUGGGAGAGCUGAAAAGUAAAGUUGAUGAAUUUGUUGAAGAGAGAAAAAGCUUGCUUGAAGAAAUAAAUAGAAGACACGAAGAAUUAAUUGCUGCGCAAAUUAGGUUGGGGAAGCUCGAGGAGAAUGAGAAAUUUUUAUCUACUGAAAAUGAACUAUUGAAGGCUGAUAAUGCCAAAUACAAGAACAUUGUCAUGGAACUUGAGGAGGAAUUAGAAAAAUUUUCUAUGCAGCUGAAUAUGCAAUAACCUACUCCGUGCUAAAGGUUGUUGCAUUAGACUUGUAAAGGAGCUGAAGCAGCGCAAGUGAUGUUUUUAGCCAUGAAGAGGCUCUAACCUAUAU